AUGUAUCACCCGCCUAGUGGUACCUCAGAAAGUGCCGAGCACUCGUUAACUGAAGAAAUGGUUGCGAAAUACUUGGCACGAAAACCAAACUUCCUCAAACGAUGGUUCAAAGACAAUGCAAGUAAUGAUUUAAUCAACGACUGUAUUCGAAUAAAAGAACAAAAUGAAUAUCUAUCGAAACCUCGUGCAUCCGUCACACACGAAAUGUUCAAUAGUAUUGUCCAAGGUCAUCGAACAAGCCGACCGGUAUCGUCAUCCAAAUCUUCGGUGACAAAUUAUACACAUUUAGAUGAAAAUGAAUUAUUUUUCGAAUUAAUACGUGAUAUUGCCAAUGAACUCAACGUCGAUGUUGUGUGCCAUAAAAUCUUGAUAAAUGUAUCCAUUUUAACCAAUUCUGACCGGGGAAGUUUAUUUUUAGCACGUGGACCCAAAGAUGGUCGGUAUCUCGUGUCAAAAUUAUUCGACGUUACCGCUGGAUCAACAUUAGAACAAUCUCUACAUCGAGAAGACCAGCAAAUCAUCAUUCCGUUCGGCAAAGGUAUUGCUGGACAUGUUGCGUCAACGAAAGAGUAUAUUAAUAUUCCGGAUGCUGUUUGCUCGCGACGUGUCGCUUGCCGACUGGAAUGUACACUGUCCAAAUUCGAUGAUCCCAGAUUUAACAAAGAAGUGGAUAUUAAAACAGGUUAUAGAACACACUCAAUAUGCUGUAUGCCAAUUCUCAAUCGAGACAAUGUGGUCAUCGGCGUUGCGCAAAUAAUCAACAAAAAAACUGGUACACAUGAGUUUACAUCCAAAGAUAUCAACGUCUUCCGUAAUUAUUUAACAUUCUGUGGACUUAGCCUAUCCAAUGCUCAAAUAUUCGAAUUAUCCAUUCAAGAAUUUAAAAAGAAUCAACUUCUGUUGAACUUGGCUCGAAACUUAUUCCGUGAACAAGUUGAUCUCGAACGAUUAGUAAACAAGAUUACAACUGAAUCUCAAGGUCUCAUGCGAUGUGCUCGAUGUUGUGUCUAUAUCCUCGAUCGAUUAGUAUCAUCCACCGAUAAACCAGAAGAUAUCCAUUUUUCAAAAGGAUUCGAUAUGAUCUAUGGCGAAGAAUUCAAAGUUACAACAAACGACUUUCUCGAAAAUUCUCGGUAUGCUAAAAUAGCUUUUCACGUCGCAACGACUAUGGAGACGGUCAUUAUCAAUGACAUUGCGAACAAUCAAUCAUUAGCACACUUACUGAUCGCUGGUGGUAAUGAUACAUUCGAAUUGAAAAAUCUUCUCUGCGUACCGAUUAUGGAUGGCGAUGGACACGUCAUCGGUAUUACACAAGUGAUGAAUAAACUAAAUGAACGUGCCUUUACUGAAGAUGAUGUUGCUAUCAUUGAAGCAUUUUCUGUGUUUUGUGGUUUGGGUAUACAUAAUACUCGUCAAUAUGAGAACGUUGCUCGUUUAACAGCGAAACAGAAUGUCGCAUUCGAAGUUUUAUCAUACCAUGUAGUCGCUUCUGACGAGGAUGUUCAACGUGUUGUUCAUAUAUCACUCCCCGAAGCGAAUCAACUUCGUCUAUAUGCUUGGGAAUUCAAUGACAUGAUUUUAACAGAUGAUGAAACAGUCUUAGCCAGCAUACGCAUGUUUGUCGAGUUGGAUUUAACGAAAAAAUUCCGUAUUUCACAUGAUGUUAUCUGCCGAUGGAUGUUAAGUGUGAAGAAAAACUAUCGUCCGGUUAUCUACCACAAUUGGAGACAUGCGUUCAACGUUGCUCAAACAAUGUUUGCAAUGUUAACAACGGGUGGUGUCAAUGUUCGAAUGAAUGAUCUAGAACGCUUGGGUCUAUUAAUUGCUUGUUUAAGUCACGACCUUGACCAUCGUGGAACUAAUAACGCAUUUCAAGCUAAAGUUGAUGCGCCAUUAGCAAAAUUAUAUUCAACAUCGACACUUGAACAUCAUCAUUUUGACCAAUGUAUUAUGAUUUUACAGACGGAAGGAAAUAAUAUUCUCCAAGCGUUAUCGCCGAAUGAUUAUAAACUAACGGUGCAUUACAUCGAAUCGGCGAUUUUAUCAACAGAUCUAGCGUUGUACUUUCGUAAACGAGGUGACUUUCAGAAAUUAGUCGAAAAUCGCGAAGAACAUUGGACUGAUCCGGCUAAGAAAGAUCUCUUGAGAGGAAUGAUGAUGACGGCAUGUGAUGUAGCAGCUAUUUGUAAACCAUGGGAAAUGCAACAAGUCAUUGCCAAACUUGUUGCUAGUGAGUUUUUUCAACAAGGUGAUAUUGAAAGAAAUCAACUCCACGUCGAACCGAUUCCAAUGAUGGAUCGAGCAAAAAAGGAUGAAUUACCAAAGAUGCAAGUUGGUUUCAUUGAUUCAAUUUGUCUUCCGGUUUAUAAAAUGUUAGCCGAAGCCGAAGAAGGCUUAACACCACUCUACGAAGGAUGUAAACAAAAUCGAGAGAAUUGGGAAAAAUUACAGCAAGAACAUGACAAAUUAAAACUAUUGUGGGCAGACAACGCUACUCAGCUAAGUGAAGAAACUUUACGCAAAAUCCUUGAAGCAUCUGACUCGCAUGUACCAUCGAAAAACCUUAAUACUAUUCCCUUAGAUAAAAUAAGUAAAAAACCUAAUACCAAUCACAUUAAUUCAUCGUCUGAACAACACACGUCACUCGAACCAGUUUUAUUUACAUCUAUUCAUCAAAAUAAAGGAGCAAUCGAUGUUAUUCGUGGUCAAGUCACAGACUUAAGGCAUGAUGUAGAUCAAUUACGUGCAGAAAUUAAUCGUCGGCGAACACACAAUCAUACGUCCAGCACUGAAACUCGUCGAAUAUCGAAAUCGGAUACGAAUAAUGUCAAUCAAACAUCGGUAUCUCAUCAUCAUCAUCACCAUCAUCAUAUUGAUCAAUCUUCUCAAACAGGACGUUCAUCACUUUGCAUUCUCUUGUAA